AUGGCCCCAUACAUCCCCUUCGUUCCGACCGAAGCAUUCGCUAUCGCCACGGAAGAAGAGUGGCGCAAUGCAAUCUUCCAGAACGUGAACGUCUCUGACGAACAAGCAGCUCUGCUGCAAACGGUUACUGCGAAUGCCGCAGAGUCGACCACUGGACGAGUCAGAGACUGGAUUGGUCGCCUGACCUUAGAAAUAAGCAGGCACUACGACGGAUACCUUCAGAGCCUCCUUCGAGAGGUGGAAUCCCUGCAUAUCACGGUCCAGAAUCAGCAGGCGCUAGUCGAUUCCUACAAGCGACAAGUUGAUGCGCUACCUGCGUCAACAGGUAGUGGUCAUUCCCGUCAACCUAAGAUUGGGGAGCCUCCGGCCUUCAAGGGCAGUGAGGAUAAGACCAAGCUUGAGGAAUGGCUGGACCUGAUC